AUGGAGGCUGACCAAGUUUCUGGAGGGAAAGUGACUAGGAGUCGCGGUGGUGCUCCUCUGACCGCAGUUCCUGUUCAUUUAGACUCGCCGCCUCUCAGCAACGGUUGCGCAAUGGGAAAUCCUGCGCGAGAAACGCUGCUGACUCGCGCGGAUACCGCAGUCGCACGUCUAGCGGCGUCUUUAGAAAAGUCCGCUGCGCAGUGUGGAGCUGCGCAUAAAAGAGGAGGUGGACCCCUUAUAUCGGAAGAAAAAUUUCAGCUAACCCAACAAUCUCUUCAACUAGUAACCUCAAGCAAAGUGCUGGUGGUAGCAUUAUCAUCGUCGACUGAACCUGCUUCUGCCGCGCGAUCUGACGAUGCGACCAACGCUAGCAGCCUCUCCGAAAACCUGGCCGUUUGUGUAGCCUUAUUGCGACGUCUAUCGUAUACGACGUGACGACUGCUUUCAGACAGCUGUUAGCAGCUCCACCUGCUGGCGGGGUGGACUGGUCCUCAAAGUCAGCAGUUGAGGAGCACUUGACGGCACAAGCGGAAAGACUAGCAAACGUACUAGCUGCACUGUUGCGUACUCUCAGGGUAUUCUCUCCUUGAAAUACGGUAUCUGAAUGUUAUCGAAGGAAGAUAUGAAACAGUUGAAAUAUUUGCCAUCUGUAAAAAGAGUUCAUAAUUUGUUAUUCCAACACUUUUGAAAAGCUUGGAGUUCUCGUCCAGCUAAUGUGGAAGUGAAAAUGGCAACUGCUUGUCCAAAAAGUAUUUUUUAACAAAUCGUUACUUUGUUCACAUAAAAAGACGACUAUAAGCUUUUUUACGAAAUUCGGAAUACUUUGUGUGGUUGCUAAUAUCCUUAAAAUGCAAACUAUACCUUUAUAUCUACUUUGAUGAAGUUAUAAGAUCAAACAUUUGAAUGGUUGACGAAUCAUGUCAUUCCAAAAAUAAAUAGACUGUAUAAGAUCAAAAUAACCAUGAAAAAAAUCGUAACCAACAAGACUCAAGUAAGAAACUUAUGUAGGAGUGUUAGAAUCUCGUUUUACUGAAAAUGUAUUAUAUCAAGAUUUUUGAAAUUUUAUUAUGACUCCAGUAAUUAAUACUUAGUCAAAGAACCUUUCUUAUAGCCGUAAAUGUUAAUCAUUGUUUUGUGUUAUACAAAAAGCAAAAAAUAUAACUCAAUCUACGUUAACUUUGCGUAGUACUACUAUAGGGCUGUCGUACAUUUGGCCACCGGUGUCAACGUCAGGAAAGCAACUAGUAGAGCAGCCACAAGUUGGGAUAGCAAAUUGAGUGUUCAAAUAGCCAAUUUCGAGCCACAAACCAAGGCAGCCGCUAAUUGUAAAUCCAAAGAGUGAUUAUAACUAGAGAAGACAGACAAGGCCACUAAAUUAAAGUCAGAUAGAGAGAGAUAGAGAUAACCAAGAUGUAACCAAGAACUUGGCGUCUAUCUCUGAUCUUUCUCAGGAUUUGUCAGAAGCCUGGCUACUGACUGGUCACCCUUUAAAAGAAACAGUUUUGAUUUGGGGUCUGUCUUAUGGUAUUUACAAAUAUAUUACAGCUUUGUGUGCAUUUUCAUACUUCACAACUCUGAACAAAAGGUACAGGAUAUGUUUCAAAUAACAUAACAGGGACUUUAUUGAAUUAAAAUGGAUUGUUACAAAAAUGGCAUGCUGAAAAAUAUAAGGUUAAUUUAAAUUUGACCAAUCAGACAACGUCAUUUGUAAAUGAGCUGCCGCUGCCAUUUUUUGAGGGUGCGACAUGGUUGUCAUAUUGUGUACCAGCAACACUGCUUUGUUUCCCAGUCGCCCAUAUGAGUUUCACCCCCCUGGCUGAUGGCCUGUAAACACGUAUUUUGUUAGAGAUAAAUACCAUGUUGCCAGGUGGAUAAUUCUUUUUGGAUGAACUUAAGGCCGUAUCUUUAGUGGUUCCUACAAUUGUAGUACACCUUCAUGGUCUCCUUGAUUUUCAUAGUUUUCUACUGUACUGUGCCAGCGCUCUAUUUUGAGAUUAUGUUACAAAUAUCUAUUUGCAUCAAAUUGUUCAUGCUAUUGAUUUAUAUCAUCUGUUAUAUCAGCCUGAAAUUCAAAAAGAAUCUUACAAUAGCGCUGACGCUGACACGGAACAGUAGAUAUCUAAUAAUACUUCAGCCUUUUCUGAAGGAGAGAAAAUGGUAUCAAAAUCAAGGAGGCCAUAAAGGCGUCCUUCAAUUCUAGGUACGACUGACGAUACGGGCCUCAUCGUCCAUCACUCGUAAUGGAAGCAUAUUUUGUUCAAAUCUACUUUUGUUUCGACAUUAAUUCAUGGUGAGGAUAUUUACCAUACAGUUGCGGCCUAGGGAAUAUAUUUUUCUUUCAAUAAAGUUUUAAAUAACAGUUUCCACGAAUGCUCUUGGCAUCAUGGAAAUAUAUAAGUUACCCUGAAAACAUAAUAAAAAGAAAUGUUAGUUUGAAAAUCUUUUUUUUUCAGCCUAAACCUGACAUAAUUGUUAUCUAGACAGCCUGGCAUUAAAACGAUAUAUUCACUUAUUACGUAUGUCUUUUAGACACAACCACCACAAAUCGGAAAAGAACUGAACUCAGCUCAGUCUAAGUGUAGCGUUUUGUAAACAUUUUGCAAGCUUGGCAACACCGCCUCGGUCAUUUAUGAGCGAAAUUCUUGUAUUAUUGACACAAUGUCAAGCAAUAGCUCAAGAACCGACAGCAAAUUUUUGGCUACACCAUCGUGUUCUGAUAUGAUACGAUUAAAACUGGUCAAAUCUUGAGUAUUUUGAUAACUAAAUAUCGAAACGUCUUCUUUUGAUAUAACUACUCUUUGGUGCCACCGUGGUUAGCCCGAUAAACUGUAAAAAAAGUCCGUAUGUAUCGCAGAGGUAGCGAUAGUUGAUCAGACAAAAACUUUUGAUUAUAUAUUUUUGUGAAUUUACAUCCUUGUCAAAGCUGCACACUCACCAUAAAAUUAAAUACGAGGAUCGGGUGAAAUGUUCUCGGCCUGACAAAGAAAUGACGUUCCAGUCAGCCAAUAACUCAUAAUUCCUUGUUGGAUGUCCAUGUAAUUUGUUUGAUAAGCUUCAACUUAUUCUCAAGUAGUUUAUUCACACGAUUUAUUUAUCGUGCACGUCUUGCGUGGUGUCCAUCAAGAUGGAUAAAAUUGAAUUACGUGCUAUUGUCAAAUUCCUCAUGUUGGAAGGAUUAUAUCACAAAAUGCAAGUUCAGAGUUAUUUAGGAAAAUGUUAUUUGAUUUGAUAUAUUUUCCUUUAGUUUAUGGUUCUGACUCAAAUCAGAAAAUAUUGAAUUAGUCUUGGGAUACUGAAAAAUUAUUAGUUUCUUAGAAAAAGUGCAAAAAGAUGUACAUUAACUGAAAAUUAAACUGAGGUAGAAUAAUAGAUACGUAGAAAGAAGCGUCAACUACUUUAUUAUUUGAAACAUAAUAUUAACAAAGUGUACAAUAUUAAAAGAUACGCGUUCAAAGUGUAAUUAUUUUCUUCUUUGGAUUUGGUAAGUUCAGUUGUUCUUCUCCUUCGUAAUACCAUCAGUAUUCCUUAUCUACAAACUUUAUUUGAUUAUUGAGAUUGUUUUAGCUUUUCUAUAGUUAAACCUCCAAACUUUUCUGUUAUCUUUAUUGGCAGAAAUUUAGGGCGGUCCCGGUUUUUUUGCAUUUUAAUUCUCAAAUCAACCUUUAGGGAUGGCGUGUAUGUUUUUACGCCGAUGCUGCCACACAGGCAGUAGCCUAAAUGCCUGGGCUGCUAUGAGGAGCUUAAAGAUACCCUGUUAAUCCAAUUUUUGGACUGCUUGAGGUUAGGAGAACUGGGAAAAGUCUCCUUAUGUAGAUUGUUCCACACUAUCGAUACUCUAGGGGCAGAGGAGCGGUCGUAUCGGUCAGCUAUGAUGUACGAACUUAGACACGGUUAAGGUGCACACACGGUUCAGCGGGUCUGAUUGGCAGGCACAUGGUGAGGCGGCAUCACGGAGGAGAUCUUGGAUGAGCAAAGCCUGUUGGGUAUUGCGGUUGAAGAGAGCUAGGUCGUUGACGGCCCGCCGGUGCGAAAGGGUCCCGAGACUGUCCAUUAGAUAAGAGUCAUCGAUCAGUUGGAUAGCCCUCUUCUGAACAACAUCGAGCAUGGAUAGUGUAGUUGGGGCUACACCACCCCAGACGUGUGAGCAGUAUUCGGCGCUAGGUCUUACCUGGGAAUUGUACACAGUGAGAAGGUCGUGUGGAGAAAAUCACUUCUUAGCCUCGCUUUUUCCCAGUAGCUGGCGAUAUUGGUCAGAUGUGUUUGUGCCAGAUUAAGUUCUCGGUAAUCUGAACUCCGAUCAGCCGAUAUGAACGGUUCUUUGAUAGAACUCGGCAAUCCAUCGAAACCGAAUGAGCGAUAGGGCGUUUCUGUCUUUUGAAAGCAUUACACUCUACCAGAUUGUUGCGUCUCCAAGCAGUGAUAACCUCCAGGACUCUCGUCAGAGAUGAAGUCGCUGCUAGUCUUUUUCUCUCCAGCUCGCUGGCAGAAAUCGGCUUGUAGCUUAACUUUCAGCAGUACAACUUGAUACGUGUUUGACACCGACUAGACUCUCAAAACAUAACCUCAAAGGUGGUAUGUCAUCAGCAACUAACAUAUCCAUAUAGCCUAUUUCACGAGUAUCCAUCAUGCUUGGACGUCUACUCGUGAAAUAGGGUAUAGAUACUUGUAGUUGAUAGAGGUAGUAUGUCUCUUAUCAGUUUAAUAUAGCUCUUUUAUCAACUGAAAUAAUAGCAGAACUCAGAGCCAAAAUAGUGGAACCAACACGGCCGAACACUAUUCCUCCUCUUCUUUGAUUAAGUAGGUUUGAGGGGAG